CGGGGGAUUCAGUCGCGGUGUGUUCGCGGGAAACAGAAGCAGCAGCAGCAGCAGUAGAAGAAGUAGUAUUAGCAGCGACUUCAACGCGGAAAAAAGAACACUGGAUUACUUUUUCUGUACCGAUUUAAAAAAUAAUAACUCCAGAUCGUGCGGUGCCGGAGUGCAGUGAUGCUUUUCCGCUCUAUUGUUGACAGAGGAGUGGGCAGACGGAGGCAGAAUGCCCUCCCCGCAGACCCUCGGCCCAGGUUUCCUCUGAGUUCUCUGCUGCACGGCUUCCAGUGUGUGCGGCACGAUGAGCACAUCUCACACGGGAACCUCGGUGACUCCGUGCCUCCAUUUGGAUUAGCGUUCUCCUCUGUCGGGGAUCCGCAGAAUAUCCUCGCAGCAGCUAAUGAAGAAGGCAUUGUUAGAAUCUACAACACGGAGAGCAGAGAAAAAGCGCUUCUUAAAGAAUGGCUGGCUCAUGAGAAUGCAGUCUUUGACAUUGCGUGGGUACCAGGAGAGCCUCAGCUGGUGACGGCCGCAGGAGACCAGAUGGCUAGGCUAUGGGAUGUGAAGUCAGGAGACAUGUUAGGAAGCUUCAAAGGUCACCUCUGCAGCCUCAAGUCAGUUGCAUUCACACCUCAAGAGAAAGCCGUGUUCUGCACUGGAGCCAGAGACGGAAAUAUUAUGGUCUGGGACACCAGGUGCAGCAAAAAAGACGGUUUCUACAGACAAGUGAAACAGAUCAGCGGCGCUCACAACAAAGCGGACGCGAACCCUGUCUCCAAGACGAAGAAGAGACGGAGCAGCACGCGUGGCAUGGCUCCAAGUGUGGACACCCAGCAGAGUGUAACGGUGGUUUUGUUUCGGGAUCAGCACACACUCAUCUCCUCUGGGGCCGUUGACGGAGUAAUCAAACUGUGGGAUUUGAGAAAGAACUACACCACACACCGUCAGGAUCCUGUUCCACUGCAGACGUACCCGUACCCGGGUUCUUGCAUGCGCAUGAGACUGGGUUAUUCGGGACUCGUCCUGGACUCCACGCGAUCUAACGUCAUGUGUAACUGCACGGACGACAACAUCUACACGUUCAACGUCAGUGGCACAAAGACGGCUCCAGUGACCAUAUUCAGUGGCCACCAGAACUCCUCAUUUUAUGUCAAGUCCACUAUUAGCCCAGAUGAUCAGUUCUUGGCCAGUGGCUCAAGUGACAAUAACACAUACAUUUGGAAGAUUUCUGACCCUCAGCAUCCUCCCAUGACACUUCAAGGCCAUAACGAGGAAGUGACAUCUGUGGUGUGGUGCCCGACAGAUUUCACCAAGAUUGCUUCCUGCUCCGAUGACCACACAAUUCGGAUCUGGAGGCUUCGACGGGAAAUGGAUGGAGCCGAGUGUGCAGUGGGAGAAGCCAACCUUGUGGGCUGGGCGCGUCCUAAACCUCCCACAAGGCCUUUAAUUGCAGCUGAGACGACUCCUGCCAAGACACAGAAGUUGCAGAGCCUUGGAGGACUGGCCUCCCCUCAGCAAGCGUCCUGUGCUCCCAGUGGAGCCGCCCUUCCGUCCCCCUCCAGCACCAUUUCACCUGCACAGGACACAAAGGCUGCUGCUGUUCGCCAGAGGACACCGUCGUCAAUCAAGCAGUGGUUAUCGCCGAGCCAAGGCUCACUCAGUCAGGCCAGCCCUCCUCUCCGCAGGGUCCUGAGCCUGUGUCCCCAGAGUCCGAUGGUCAGCGCUUCUCCCAGCGAGCGACGGGCCAAACGCAGGCUGGAGACGGGUGCGUCUGUGGGCUGUGAGGAUGCGGAGCAGUGUGACUGCGUUACUGAACUUUACCCCGCAGCCAAGAGGAGCCGGGCCCCGUCCGGUAUCUGCUGCCCAGCUCAGGAGAGCACGGUACAAACGGACUGUCACACAGAGGACAAGCAAGCCUCAUCUGGCAAGGAGAAUUGCUCUUCCGGAGGAAAGGACUGGCUCUCUGUUAUGGGCCAGAAGAUGAGGAAAGGUCACGGAAGCCCGAGUAUUUCCAGAAGUCCCAGUGCCUCGAAGAAACUGGAGGGCAAAGCACCAGCUUCACCGACAAUCCGUUCGCCGCAGACAAUGAAGAAAAUCUCCACAUAUUUCAUGAGGCAGACUCUGGACUGACCAGCUGGAGCCAAACAGAUGUUCUGUGCUUUUGUAUAAAAUGCUGUGUUUUUAGUUUGGGUAUUUUUAUGAGGGAGAGACACAGAUGAUAAGAACACUGGUUAAGGUCCAGGUUGCAUAAGUAUAAAAACCUGAGUUGCAUGAAGAUAAAAAAGCAAGUCAUACUAAAUAUUUUAUACAGGAGAGUCUGCCUAUGUAUUUUUUUUUUAUUAUUAUUAUUAAAUUGGGUCAUGGGUAUUUGCAUUUCCCUCCUACACCAUUUUCUGGUGCUCUUCAAUUACUCAGGUAGCAUUCUGCAGAGAUAAUAAUCACUUCCUGCAAACCUGGUAACUUUAUAAGAGACAUUACAUGUACAAAGGAGACCCUGAAUACUGUGCAAUAAUUAGGUUAAGGAGAAUAACAUGGCAUUACUCAUCAAAGUCAUAGAAAAAAAUAUAUUUGUCCACAGGUGUGGCUGUUUUAGAAGAAAGAAAGUACAGCUUGUUUGCUCUGUGGCCUUUUUAUCAACUUCACUAAGAUUCAAAGUGUAAGCUGGUCAGAGAUAAGCUCAGCAGCACUUUGUAUGCAUGCCAUUUGUAUUUUCAUUUCUUGUUUAUUUUUUCCCCCUCUCCCUGCAUUGGUUUUGAUGUUUUACUCCCAGUGUUGCAUGUACUGUAUAUAAAAAUCAACUGAUUGUCAUUUUUCUUGAGCAAACACUCAAGUUGUUUAUAUGUACAAAAUAACCAAUGGUUAUUGGUUUGUUUGUAUUUAAUUAACAAGGGGCUCAAUGUGGCCUUACCUUAUUAAAUGAAAAUCAGUUUUCAUGA